GGGGUGGUUAGAGGCGAAGAGGGAGACCGGGGUGUCGGGAGAUCAAGCGGAGGGGAGACUACCCAGAGUCGGGGGAAGUGUGCCUAGGGCGACUUCCGAUGGGGGGACGCCAGGGACAGAGGAGGGCCGCGGUUACUGCCGUAGCGCCCGCUACACCCGGAUUGCUUCUCUUUCCUCGCUAUUUCCCCCGCACACAGCCCUUCAGACCUCCCUUCUUCCUUCCUCGCUGAUGACUAGAACGCAGCCGCAGGCGGAAGUACGGAUGACGCCAUCAGUCGUCGCCUGAGCGGUGGCGCGCGGGUGGCCGAAACACGAAAGUGAGAUUUCGAGGGUCGGGACUUGGGCCCCCGCGGGCGGGCAGUGCUGCGGUGCUGGGGGCGGGCGGGCAGGCUGGAGAGGAGCAGCCUGGGCCAGGUGGGGAACCCAUACCGAAGCACGGACCAGACGCUUUGUUAGCUGGAGGCCCGGACUGCCUGAUCCGGGAGGUGGAGCCUGGUUCUGGACUCUUGUACGUAGUUUCGUUUCUGGCCAUUUUUUUCUACCGCCAAAUGGUGAGUUAGGGCUGUGGAUCUUGAGAGAUGGCGUCGUGUAAAGGAAAGAGCCCACUUUGACUAAGUCUUGGGUCAGACUUCCUGAACCUGAGUUUACACCUGUGUAACAUAAAGGAGUUCGACUAAGUGAAGUCUGAGAUCACUACAACUCUGAAGUUUCCAAGGGGAGAAAACAGGAGAAGGAAGCAGAAUCUGUGCCAGACUCUGCUGACGAUUCAGUGAAUGACCCCGAUUUUGUCCUUCCACCCCUCACCUACUCAGCUUUUUAUCUGUGAAAGUUGAAACCCUAAGGGUUAAGGGAUAGACACUGCCAGGAAGACUUCGGAAUUCAAAAACAGGGAGCUUGUGGCUUGGGCCCUGUUUCCCACCUGGAACUUUGCCCAACACAGGCAACUACAAUCAAGUAGAAAUGGCAACAUAAUAUGUUUAAGCAGAUGGCCAGGCAGCAUUGAUAACCACUCCCACUCCUGCAUGUUCCUUGACUACACUGAACUGAAAAGGAGAUACAGAAUUCCUUAAGAGAGAAGACAACCCAGAAGUAAUAAUCUAUCACAGAAGGAGAUGGCAUAAGGGCUGGACCAAGAAGAUGGACAGUUGGAAGGAAAGCUGGUUUGGAUGACUUGCUCUGCUUAUUCCAGGGGUGUGUUUCGUCGAGAUACACACAAGAGUGAGAUUGCUCAUCGGUUUAAUGAUUUGGGAGAAGAAAAUUUCAAAGGCCUGGUGCUGAUUGCCUUUUCUCAGUAUCUUCAGCAGAGCCCGUUUGAUGAGCAUGUAAAAUUAGUGAAUGAAAUAACUGACUUUGCAAAAACAUGCAUUGCUGAUCAGUCAGCUGCAAAUUGUGACAAGUCACUUCACACUCUCUUUGGAGAUAAACUGUGUGCAGUUGCAUCCCUUCGUGAAACCUAUGGUGAAAUGGCCGACUGCUGUGGGAAACAAGAGCCUGAGAGAAAUGAAUGCCUCCUGAAACACAAAGAUGAUAAUCCAGACCUCCCUAAGUUGAAACCAGACCCUGAGACUUUGUGUACCGAGUUUAAGGAAAACGAACGGAAGUUUUGGGGAAAAUACCUAUAUGAAAUUGCCAGAAGACACCCCUACUUUUAUGCCCCAGAACUCCUUUACUUUGCUCAUCAAUAUAAAGGAGUUUUUGCAGAAUGCUGCCAAGCUGCUGAUAAAGGUGCCUGCCUGAUACCAAAGAUUGAAACUGUGAGAGAAGAAGUACUGGCUUCGUCUGCCAGACAGAGACUCAAGUGUACCAGUAUCCAAAAAUUCGGAGAAAGAGCUCUAAAAGCAUGGUCAGUAGCUCGCCUGAGCCAAAAAUUUCCCAAGGCUGAGUUUGCAGAGGUUUCCAAGAUAGUGACAGAUCUUACGAAAGUCCACAAGGAAUGCUGCCAUGGUGACCUGCUUGAAUGUGCAGAUGACAGGGCGCAUCUUGCCAAGUAUAUAUGUGAAAAUCAAGCUACAAUCUCCAGUAAACUGCAGAAGUGCUGUGAUAAGCCUCUGUUGGAAAAAUCCCACUGCAUUUCAGCGGUGGAAAAAGAUGAGUUGCCUGAAAACCUGUCCCCAUUAGCUGCUGAUUUUGCUGAAGAUAAGGAAGUUUGCAAAAACUAUAAUGAAGCAAAAGAUGUCUUCCUGGGCACGUUUUUGUAUGAGUAUGCGAGAAGGCAUCCUGAGUACUCUGUCUCAUUGCUGCUGAGAAUUGCCAAGGGAUAUGAAGCCACACUGGAGGAUUGCUGCGCCAAAGAUGAUCCUCCUGCAUGCUAUGCCACAGUGUUUGAGAAACUUCAGCCUCUUGUGGAGGAGCCUAAGAAUUUAAUUAAACAAAACUGUGAACUUUUUGAAAAACUUGGAGAGUAUCAAUUCCAAAAUGCGCUCAUAGUUCGUUACACCAAGAAAGUACCCCAAGUGUCAACUCCAACUCUCGUGGAGGUCUCAAGAAACCUAGGAAGAGUGGGCUCUAAGUGUUGUAAGAAUCCUGAAUCAGAAAGAAUGUCCUGUGCUGAAGACUAUCUGUCCUUGGUCCUGAACCGGUUGUGCGUGUUGCACGAGAAGACACCAGUUAGCGAAAGAGUUACCAAAUGCUGCACGGAGUCCUUGGUGAACAGACGGCCAUGCUUUUCUGCUCUGACAGUUGAUGAAACAUAUGAACCCAAAGCCUUUGAUGAGAAAACAUUCACCUUCCAUGCAGAUUUAUGCACACUUCCCGAGAAUGAGAAACAAAUCAAGAAACAAAUUGCACUCGUUGAGCUGGUAAAACACAAACCCAAGGUAACAGAGGAACAACUGAAAACUGUUAUGGAGGAUUUUGCAGCUUUUGUAGACAAGUGCUGUGCAGCCGUUGACAAAGAGGCUUGCUUUGCUCUGGAGGGUCCAAAACUUGUUGUUGCAACUCGAGAAGCCAUAGCCUAAAAAGAACACAACCACAAGCAUCUCAGCCUACCCUGAGAGUAAGAGGAAAAAAAGAGAAAUGAAAACUCAGAGCUUAUUCAUCUGUUUUUCUUUUCUGUUGGUGUUAACCAACACCCUGUCUUAAGAACACAAAUUUCUUUAAAUAUUUUGCCUCUUUUCU